CCCAGAGCAGCCCCUCUUCUAGUUGUAAACAUUUGGCACCUGUGGGAUUCCUCCUUAGGAUCAGGAUUGUCAUUCCCCUGCCCCCACCCCACCCUUUCCCUUUUGCCCCCUCCUGCUUCCCCACAAUUUCUGAAUGUUGGACCUGCCUAUUUUGGCUUCCACUGACAUGACUGACAGCUGGCUGAACAUACAGUCAGAGGAAGAGAAAGGUCAAGAAAACAGCAUGGUGGAUUCAGGGAACCUGGACGACAGUUUGACCAGCCUUCAGUGGCUUCAAGAGUUUUCCAUAAUCAACGCCAACAUGGGGAAGUCCUCGUCUUCCCCAUGCGGUACAGAUCCUCAUGGUUAUCACAAAAUUCCUGGUUCAGCUGCUCCGUGUUCCCCCCUGGCUGGUGAUCCAGCCUGCAUGGGGAUGCCCCAUACACCUGGCAAGCCAAUCUCCUCUUCUACGUCAAGGACUGCACAUCUGCAAGGCCAGCCACUGGAAGACAUUGAUUACAAGACCAACCCCCAUGUGAAGCCUCCUUAUUCCUAUGCCACACUCAUCUGCAUGGCAAUGGAAGCCAGUAAGAAAACUAAAAUCACUCUCUCAGACAUCUACAAGUGGAUUACAGACAAUUUCUGCUAUUUCCGGCAUGCUGACCCCACUUGGCAGAAUUCCAUUAGGCACAACCUGUCCUUGAAUAAGUGCUUCAUCAAAGUGCCACGAGAGAAGGAUGAGCCAGGGAAAGGUGGUUUUUGGAAGAUUGAUCCCCAGUAUGCAGAUAGACUCAUGAAUGGGGCUUUCAAGAAGCGAAGGAUGCCUCCAGUGCAGAUCCAUCCAGUUUUCACUGGGAGACUCCCACAGGAUGGCUGCUCCAGCUCUUCUGCUCACCAGGCCACAGCCACCUCUUGGAAAAACAACAAUGCUCUGAAAAUCAACAUGGAAUCCCAGCAACUGCUCAAGGAGUUUGAAGAAGUUACUUCUGAUCAUAGCUGGAACCCUGCAGAUGGAAAGAUGAACCAUAAACGCAAGCAGCCGCUGCCCAAGCGGAUGUACAAGAUGGCCCGUCUCUCCAGUUCCCCGAUGCUCACUCAUGAAGAGCAGACAGAGCUUGGGUCGCUGAAAGGUGACUUCGACUGGGAGGCCAUCUUUGACACCACCAUAAAUGGUGACUUCUCCACUUUUGAGGAUCUGGAGAUCACUCCUCCUAUUAGCCCCAUCACCAGAGAUGUAGACUUGACUGUGCAUGGAAGACACAUUGAUUGCCCGCAGGAGUGGUGCCCUGUUGGUCAGGAUUACAUCCUCACAGAAGCCAACCAGAACAGCUUGGACUUUGAUGAAACCUUCAUUGCCACUUCAUUUCUUCAGCACCCAUGGGAUGAAGGGAGAAAUGAUUACCUCUCAGGGUCUGUCAACAUGGAUCCUUUGUUUGAACUCAAUGACCCUUCCUUGCAGACAGAAAUGAAUGACUGGAGCAAUGCUGGAUGUCUUUAAUGAGAGACAGACCCCUGACUGAAACAGUCAAGAUCACCCAAGUCUGAUCAGCUGUAUGAACAAGAUCUUCCUGGCAUUGCAGGACUUUUCAUAACAAGAGAUUUAUAACAAAUGAGACAUCUUUAUUAUUUGGACUCAGUGGAUCAUAGAGACAUCUGCGGUGGGGAAAAGAUCUGGAGAAUUUAGCUGGAUAUAUUUGAAAGCAACACAGAUGGGGACCUUAUCCCCCCCAAAGGCAACAAGUAAUAAUAAUAGAGUGCUUAUUUUUGGUUCUAUUAAAGAAAUAUUGGUUUUUCUACUUCGGGGUGGAGGGGACUGAAAAGGGCAUAUCUUCCUGGGAGGAGAGGACUUUGGAAUAGGAUGGAAGAGCUGGCCUUUUCUGGUGACUAGGGAUGUGUUAGUUAGAUUAUCUGAAAAUUCCUCUUUCGUCUUCUGUCCAUUAAUUUUUCUCUUUGUGUUGUGUGGGAGUGUUUGCAUGUUUCCACCCGUGGAAACUUGCUAGGUAAAAUUGGGACAAUUCAGUAGCAGGCAAGUAUGGCGUCGCAACCACCUGUCUAUACUAGAACUAACUUAGAUGUUGAACUUUAUAUACGCAGCAUCAAAUCUUUCAGAUUUUUUUAAAAAGUAGAGCCUAUUAUAUAUCUGUGCAUCUAUAACACAAUGUAUGUCUUUAGCAAGAGUGCACAAUCAGUAGAAGACUGGGGGUGGGGACUGUAAUAAUGUUAAUUCAGAUUGAAGUGUUAUCAAGUGUUUGUUCUACAGAGGGAAAUGUAAUGUAAUAUGCAAAUGGGAAUUCCUGCCAGUAAAGAAUUUAAAAGAAAAAUCCAUAAAAGGGGGCCUGAUGUUCUCUAGAUGGUCCUUUUGACAUAUUUUUGUAUCUCAAAUUCUUUAUAGUUUUGCAUUCUAUGUAUGCUGUAAAACCUAGACAUGAAGUCAUGGCAGGCAAACCCACGACUGUUACUAUUAACACAGCACUAUACCCUCUUCUGACUAGAAGCUAUGAAGGAAUUUGUGUGAUCACAUGACAGACUCCGACAGCUCAGCUGACUAGGCAGCUGAUUAAUAAUGAAGGGCUAUAUUUUUUAUCCUUUGACCAGGCAAUCAUAGGAACUACUAAAACUUUUCUCUGCUAUAACUGAUGCCUUUUUACAUUUGAGUCGCUAUCCUUAGCCAGUGACAAUGUAGUUUUGAUUUAAAUUUAAACAAAAUUAUUCCAAAUUUUCAUGUUAUUCCGUGGCUCUAGAUAUUAAUGGAUGGUCUUAGGCCAAAGACUGUAUGUGCAGUGAAAACUUCAAGUGGAAGAACAUUAAGCUUAAUAUUGCCUUAUUCCGUUUCUCUCCUAGAACUGUGGUUGCCAUCCAACUAGAUACUUUUAGCUCAAACCUAAUGGUCAUCUUAAAAUAUGCAUACAUUCCAAUAAAGUGAAAUGUGCAAC